AUGGCGACUUACGACGUGAGCCCGCAGAGGGAGUCUCUGCUGGGUGACGCGAUCACAUUGGGGCUUUUAUCGCCCGAAUUGCGUCACGUUGUAGAGGAUACGCCUUCACCACACUUCCUCGAGGCCAUAGCAGAGGCGGCUCUUGCGCCUCAACUUACAGAGCGCAUUUUCGUCCACUUUGAGCCGGUCUUUGCAGAUAUCGCAGCACGAUGGCUGCUCAACGCCCGCAAGAAUGCCCGAUUCGCGAGUAUUCUUGCAUCUUUCGCAAGGAUAUUGCCCUUCAGUCCAAAUUUAUCUCAACUACUCGAGAAAUUCCUCAUCGAAAGCAGCCCAGAUAGUUUGCGGAAGUCUAGUCAAUCCCGUGUACCGUCACUGGAUCUGGCCGCGAUGCAAACCGCAUCCUCGGAACUUGACUUGACGAGCAUACUGCUGGCCGUUUGGAGACUUGUAUGUUUCGACCGACAAACAUACUCUCAACUCGUCCCCGUCACACUUCAAUCCCUGUUUCACCAUCAUAGUCAUGUGGUGAGGUAUCUUGCCAUAAGGAUAUUUUGCCAGGUCUACGCCGCAUCUGACUUCAAAAUGGAACGCCUCAUAGACACAUUCAUUCCGGAGAGGCAAUCACUCAUGGCAGACUUUGACAGCAGCCAGGUAGACUAUACCUUUCUUUCCAUUGCCGAACAUAGGAGGGCCGACGACAUGCACAAGUCUUUACUCAAAGCGAAGUCAACAACCCGGAAAAUUGACUCAUCAACGCGGCCAUAUCUGGUCACGCUCACCCCCCUUGCUGUUGCUUGGGGCCAAGCUGUUCUGCCGCGUGUUCAAAGUCCACUUAAGCAAUCUACGCCCUUAGUGAAGACCACGACGACUCUGGAGAAUCUUCAGAAUCUUGCGAGCUUGUUACGAGGCUCGCAUCCAAUAUUGCUUUACGGGCUUCCAGGUUCUGGGAAGACAUCUCUCAUCCAGGAAGCGGCCAGAGAGAUGAGCAUGGAGUCUGGUCUGGUUACCUUGCAUCUGAAUGAGCAGACAGACGCAAAGAUGCUUAUAGGGCUUUACACGACAGGGACGAAGCCAGGUUCCUUUGAAUGGCGCUCCGGAAUUUUGACGACAGCUGUGAGGGAAGGAAGAUGGAUCUUGAUUGAGGAUCUGGACAGAGCGCCAAACGAAGUUAUGAGCACCCUUCUCCCUCUCAUUGAGCGGCGCGAACUGCUCAUCCCGACCCGUGGAGAGACUGUCAAAGCUCCGAGCAGUUUUCGAAUUUUCGCGACUAUCAGAAGCUCGUUAGGUCUGCAUGGCCAGGAGGCGCCACCGAACUUCAUGGGAUCCCGAUUUUGGCGCGUGUUGAACGUCAAGACAUUGCCUCAGAAGGAGCUUCAGAGCAUUGUCCAAGACACGUUCCCGUCGCUCAGCAGAUUUGUCCCGGGAAUCCUCGCUGUCUUUGAUCAAUUGCUACGGCUGGCACAAAGCCCUGCAUCGCUUGGCCUUGGACGCGGUGUUGCGGAACGUCCUCCCAGCUCAAGAGAUCUUUUGAAGUGGUGCAGACGCCUUGACCAGCUCUUUGCCGCAGCUGGCCUUGUGGUUGAUAGUCCUAUCAACGAUACCAUCAUCGAUCAAAUGUUUCUCGAAGCAGUCGAUUGCUUUGUUGGGAGCGCCAAAGAAGAACGCGUUCGAGAGGUUCUGGUCCGCAAGAUCGGGCAGGAGAUGAGGAUAUCACCUGAAAGGGUCGACUACUUCCUCACAAGCCAUGUGCCUCGUCUAGAGGAAAACGAGAGACAGAUCGUUGUAGGUCGAACAACGCUGUUGAAAACACGACGGCAAUCCCGCGUGACGAAAUCAAGAAGACCUUUUGCAACCACCACGCACGCCAAGCGCCUGUUGGAGCAGAUCGCGGUAGCUGUCAAGGUCAAGGAACCCGUCUUGCUGGUGGGUGAGACUGGCAUAGGAAAGACGACAGUUGUGCAGCAGUUGGCCGAGUCUCUUGGCCACAAGCUUGUUGCUGUCAACCUUUCUCAGCAGAGCGAAGUCGGUGAUCUACUCGGUGGCUUCAAGCCCGUAAACGUACGAAGCCUAGCAAUGCCGCUCAAGGAGGAAUUUGACGAUCUGUUUCUUGCAACUGGCAUCUCCAGGGACAGAAAUGAACGGUAUCUUGAACGAAUCGACAAGAGCCUCGCAAGAGGGAAGUGGGCCGAUCUUGCCAAGCUGUGGCGGCAGGCGCCAAAGAUGUUUGAACAGAUUUUGCAACAACUCGAGAAUAAACAGGAACGAGACCGGGCAAAUCAGAUGAAGGACGGCCAGCCAGCAAAGCGCCGCAAGACUGAAUCAUCACGCCUCCAGUCUCUUCAAGACCUCAAGCCAAGGUGGAAUGCAUUCGCUCAGAACCUGGAGCAGUUUGAGAUUCAACUAUCUGGUGGUUCAGGAGGGUUUGCUUUUGCCUUUGUGGAAGGCAAAAUCGUGAAAGCAGUUCGUAACGGUGAUUGGGUCCUUCUGGAUGAGAUCAAUCUGGCAUCCCCUGAUACUCUGGAAGCCAUUGCAGACUUGUUGCAAUCAGACCCAAACGAAACGCCUUCUAUCCUUCUUUCAGAAACCGGUGAGAUAGAGAGAAUCAAGGCCCAUCCCGAAUUUCGAAUCUUCGGGGCGAUGAACCCAGCCACCGAUGUUGGCAAACGCGAUUUGCCAAUUGGGUUGAGAUCUCGAUUUACUGAGCUAUACGUCUCCAGUCCCGAUAAGGAUGUCAAAGAUCUCGUUGUCAUUAUCAAGACAUACCUCAAAAGCAACAGCAGCACUGUUGACCGAGCUGCAGAUCGGGUGGCUCAUUUGUACCUGGCGAUCAAACGUUUGGCUGAGCAGAAGGGCUUAGUGGAUGGAGCAAACGAAGUGCCUCAUUUCAGUCUCCGGACCCUGACACGAGUUUUGACCUAUGUCAAUGAUGUGGCUGCCUUCUAUGGUCUCGACAGGGCAUUAUACGAAGGUUUCUGCAUGGGGUUUCUCACCCUGCUCAGCCAACAGUCGGAGAACAUCGUCAUGCCUCUGAUCCUUGAUCAUCUCUUCGAGAAGAAUCUGAAUCGGACAAGAAGCCUCCUUCGUCAGACCCCGAAAUAUCCCACUGACGGGCGUGAAUAUGUUCGGUUCAUGGAUAAGGACAAGGAGCGCCAGUAUUGGAUUCUGAAAGGUGCUUUGGAUCCUCAAGAGCGAGUUGAUUACAUCCGGACACCCUAUGUCGAACGUAAUCUUCUUAAUCUUGUCCGGGCCACUUCAACCCGUCGUUUCCCUAUCCUGAUCCAAGGGCCAACUUCGGCAGGUAAAACUAGCAUGAUUGAAUAUCUGGCAAACUUCAGCGGUAACAAGUUCGUGCGAAUCAACAACCACGAACACACUGAUCUUCAGGAGUAUCUCGGCACCUAUGCAUCUGGUCCUGACGGCAAACUGAAGUUUCAGGAAGGAGUGUUAGUGCAAGCAAUGCGACAAGGACACUGGAUCGUCCUAGACGAGCUCAACCUCGCACCUACUGACGUGCUCGAAGCACUCAAUCGACUUCUCGAUGACAACCGAGAGCUUCUGAUCCCAGAAACUCAAGAGAUCGUGCGACCCCAUGAGAGUUUCAUGCUUUUCGCUACGCAAAACCCUCCUGGUCUCUACGGAGGCCGAAAAGUUCUCAGUCGAGCGUUCCGAAAUCGAUUCCUGGAAUUGCAUUUCGACGACAUUCCGGAGAGUGAGCUCGGCUACAUUCUGCAGAAGAGAUGUAGAAACACUGCUCCUUCUGACUGCGAGAGGAUUGUGAAUGUCUACAAGGAACUGUCGCGCCUGCGACAGACCAGUCGAGUUUUUGAGCAAAAGGACAGUUUUGCCACGUUGCGUGAUCUCUUUCGCUGGGCUCUGCGCGAGGCAAACAAUCGGGAUGAAAUAGCCGUCAAUGGCUUCAUGCUUCUCGCCGAGAGAGUGCGGAAUGAGGAAGAGAGCAACGCCGUGAAAGAAGUCAUCGAGACGGUGUUCAAGACCAAGAUCGAUACUGCUGCGUUAUAUGACGCCAGUUCAUCACCAGAGCUCAAUCAUUUCCAUGACAAGGUCAACAGUCAAGGCGUUGUGUGGACGGCGGCGAUGCGUAGACUCUACGUCCUGCUUGCCCAUGCUAUCCGAAAUAACGAACCAGUACUUCUUGUGGGCGACACAGGUAGUGGCAAGACCACAGUCUGCCAGCUUCUCGCCGAAGCGAGCGAGAAGGAACUACAUAUUGUCAAUGCUCACCAAAACACGGAAACCGGAGAUCUGAUUGGAUCUCAACGGCCAGUCCGGAAUAGGGGUGCUAUCCUUGAUCAGCUGAGGCGGGAUCUCGCAGAGGCCUUUCAAGCCCUGUCUUUGCCAGGCGAAGGUUCUCUUGAUGAACUCUUGCACGAAUUCGCGGCUCUCGACCCAACUAAAAAGGAUCAUCUCCCUAGUGGCUUGAUCGUCAAGAUUGAACAAAACCACGCAAAAAGCAAGGCCCUCUUCGAAUGGUCGGACGGCAGCCUUGUCCACGCUAUGAAGACCGGCCAGUUCUUCCUUCUCGACGAGAUAUCUCUGGCAGAUGAUUCUGUGCUGGAACGACUGAACUCUGUCCUGGAACCACAGCGCACGCUUUUACUAGCCGAAAAAGGACUGGGAGACCCUGUGGUCCAGGCCGCUGAAGGUUUCCAAUUCUUCGCGACAAUGAACCCUGGUGGUGACUUUGGCAAAAAGGAGCUGUCGCCCGCCCUGCGAAAUCGAUUUACCGAGAUCUGGGUGCCACCAUUGACGAGCAAAAAGGAUAUUUUGGACAUCGUCUCUUCGAAGUUGUCUCCCAAAUGCAGGGGUUUGUCUAACAUUGUCGUUGACUUUUCGUACUGGUUCGGUGACAACUUUCGGUCCUCAUCGGCAGCCGCUUUCUCCAUCCGUGAUAUUCUGGUCUGGAUCAAAUUCAUCAACCAAUGCGGUUCUCGGAAUCCGAUGCUGGCUUUGUUGCAUGGUGCUGCGACUGUCUUCAUCGACACGCUAGGCGCAAACCCGUCAGCUAUGAUAGCCAUUGAUCCUAAGUCAACGAGGGCGCAGAGGCGCCAAUGCCUCGACAAACUGGGCGAGCUCGCCGGAGUUGCGGCUGACUUUGGUCCAAUGUACGAGGUCGAGCCAACUCUCCUCCUGAGCGACGAGUUCCUCUCGAUUGGAGAUUUCAGCGUUCCGAGAGUCUCCGACAUCGAACUAGACUCCGGAUUCGAGUUUGCAGCACCCACUACCAAGAUGAAUGCAAUGAGGGUUGUACGCGCCUUGCAGAUGGACAAGCCGAUUCUCCUUGAGGGUAAUCCUGGAGUUGGAAAGACGACACUUGUGAGCGCCAUUGCUCGCGCCUGCGGUCAACCCUUGACGCGAAUCAAUCUCUCUGAUCAAACCGACCUCAUGGAUCUGUUUGGUACAGAUAUCCCUGUUGAAGGUGCAGAGGCGGGCAAUUUUGCGUGGCGAGAUGCACCCUUCCUACAAGCCAUGCAGAAAGGCGAAUGGGUACUCCUGGACGAGAUGAACUUGGCUUCUCAGUCUGUAUUGGAAGGCCUGAACGCGUGUUUGGACCACCGUGGCGAGGUUUACAUCUCGGAGCUGGACCAGGUUUUCAAGCGUCACCCCAACUUCCGGCUCUUCGCCGCUCAGAAUCCUCAUCAUCAGGGCGGUGGGAGAAAAGGGUUGCCUUCCUCCUUCGUCAAUCGAUUUAUUGUAGUGUAUGCAGAUGUCUUCACCGAAGAAGACCAGCUAUGCAUUGCGCAGAAGCGAGCACAACACCUCUCGCCAGAGACAGUACGUCAGAUCAUCACGUUCAUCUCAGCCCUUGAACACGAGAUAGUCGUCGACAGGUCAUUCGGCUCCCAAGGUUCCCCAUGGGAGUUCAAUCUGCGAGAUACCCUGCGAUGGCUCGAGCUGGCGGCUUCCGGUGGUCCCUUGAUCAGCCACGCCGAAGUCCAGGACUUCUUGGAUAUUAUCGUGCGACAGCGGUUCCGCACCAAGUAUGACAGGGACCAAGUUGUGGGCAUUUUCGAACGCUCAUUCAAGAAGAGUUACGUUGAGCACAGUCUCUAUCACAAUCUGAGCUCUGUGAUCUCACAGGUUGGAUUUGGGUUGCUGGAACGAAACUCACUAGCACAGCCAACUGAUUUUCCAAACAUCGAUGUGAUCCCGAGGUUGGCAGAGAUUGAGUCGCUUAUGAUCUGCAUUCAGGAAAACCUACCCUGCAUAUUGGUAGGGCCCUCGGGCAGUGGCAAGUCGGCGCUUCUCAACCAUGUUGCUGCACUCGCUGGCCGCAAACUGGUUGUCUUUCCGCUCAACGCCGAUGUCGACACUAUGGACUUGGUGGGUGGUUUCGAGCAGGCCGACCCGCUACGAGAAGUUUACGCCUGCCUCAUUCGACUUCGAGAAGCACUUUGCUCCCAUGCCAUGAGUCUGCUUCCUAAGACGGCGCCUGAGGAGAUCUUCAAUCUCAUUAGGCUCCUGGAGGUUUCCAGCGAUGACUCCGGCGUCCUGGAGGCCAUCACGCAAAGCAUUGAGAAAGUUGUACCUCAGAUCCCCUCGACAGCGCAGGUAGCGGGUUGCCUAGAAGCAGCUUAUGGUCUUUUGCAGAAGUCUCUGGUCCUCCUCAAUCCUCGCUUUGAGUGGUUGGACGGUGUCAUUGUCCGCGCGCUAGAAGCAGGCGAUUGGCUUGUUCUGGACAAUGCCAACCUGUGCAGUGCCUCUGUCUUGGACCGUCUCAACUCUCUUUUGGAGCGUCCAGACGGUUUCCUAAGUAUCAACGAGCACAGCGGACCCAACGGCGAGCCCCGCAUCGUCAAACCGCAUCCCGAGUUCCGUAUAUUCUUGACCAUGGAUCCUCGAUACGGCGACCUUUCCAGGGCAAUGCGGAACCGCUCAAUCGAGAUCUAUAUUGAUCAGCCUCCAGACCAUGUCGAUGAGUACAAGUCCAUGAUCACGAGAAUAGAAGCAAGGAUGGCCAGGUUCCAGACUGCCAUUACCUUGUCGAAGACUGAUUGCCCUGAGACUUCUGAAUUGGUUAAACUAGCCCUCGAUGAUCUGUCUGUUGCGGACACUCAGCUUCUUGAACGAUUCUCGAUGGCUGUUGCGGGACCUCGCGAUACUGAGUCCCAGCAGUCACACAUGUAUGAGGCUCUUGGAGCGCUGGCUUCGUAUCUCCACUCACCGGAUGCUUUGCAAAUCCGACAGGCCAUAGGGCAACUGCUUCAGACCGGAUCGGAAGACCUGUGCACCUCCCUUGUCAAUAUGCGGUACUCAACUCCAAGCCCCAGUGCUGCUCGUCACAUAACACCGAAGAGCCUGGCGACGGUACAACCACUCCACCCUCUGCAUAACUCUCCCCUCAUCAAAUCAAUCCUCAAAUCAUCAUCUGAUUCUGUCCAAUGGUUGGGAACAGCGUAUGACUACUACUUCGAAUUGGUAGCUUCUCACCAGGCAUUUGAGAGCCAGGUCAAGAGCUUGAAUAUUGCCCGGCCGUCCUUGUUGAAUAGGCUGCAGAGAUCAAGCAUCGCAGACAAAGUGGCAACGGUCUUGGCAGACUCGACAGCCUCGGCUUCCGCUUUCCUCACGUCUAUUCUUCAGGACAUUCAUAAUUUCCUCACCCUGAAUCUUGGCCGAAUGGUGGGUGGCUCGAAAGCACGUCUCCUGAUCAGGCUUGUGCUUCACUACUGGUGGAGAACUUACCAGCUGCUGGUCGAUUUGCAUUUCGAUGAAGUCAGAUUCCAGGCUCAUCUUAAACAAGGCGUGGAAGUUUUCGAAGACAUCAUCUCCCGAGUCACCGAGCCGGAAACUUGUCAGUUUGCACAAACAGUCAUUCGUCGGGUGCUCCACGACUUCACGGCUGGUUUCACCCUGACAACGGGACUCAGCAUGGAGCUCCUCUGGCUACUUGCCAGACCCCAUCCAAUUGAAGAUGCUGGAUCUCUACGCCAGAUCACCGACCUUGAGCGGCUUGCCACGCGAUUUGACAAUCUAAGGUGGCGAGCUGAUACCCCCUUCCCUGAGCUCACGAAAAUUGUGAUCGCUUUGGCCGAUUCAUACGGUGCUAUCAGGAGUGAACAUGUCAACGCAGAUGAUCUGCUGGAGACCCUCGCUACUGAGAUUGUCAGCCUGGAGAAACGUAUGGAGGAGCGCAACUUGUAUGUCAGGCCGUAUUUCGCCGAACAAUUCGAGAGUCUAAGACAGACUCUGGUGUUGAGGGACAUCUCCUGCCAGUCGCAACCAGCUGAGAGCAUGGCUGACCUCGCUGUACUUUCGGAUCUGCCAACUUUAAGUGUCAUGCGGGAACGGAGUGCGACCGGCUUCGCAUCUCGCUUGCAAGGCUUGGACAAUCUGCUGUACCAAGAGACUACCGUUCAUCCGUGGACUGGGACGGUGAUUUCAGACCUGUUGCACAAAUUCGACUCAAUGUCGCAAGCAAGGCUCUCUGCCUUACGAUCUCUCGAGUCGGAGUUGCCAACUCUGGGCAAAAUCCUGGCUCGGUCAUCUGAGCCGCUCGCGACGGAUCAUCUCCAGGAAUUGAAUCAAAUCCUGUGGCAAAUGCUACAUGAUGUUAUCGUUUCGCAUGAAUCGUCUCUAGGAUCACAAUUGUCUUCCACAUUUGAAGCGAUGACAAGACACGUUCAAGAGCAUGGUGUGGAGAUCACAGAAGAAGGACUAGUGACGGGCAUUCAAGUUCACUUUUCCUCCUGGCAUGCUUCGUAUCCUCAACACCUUGUCAAGAUGAUGGAGGCUCACUUCUCCACUGCUUUGCUUGCUCUAGCAGCGUCAAAGUGUGGCAAACAGCCGAGAGCCUCGUUUACAGCCAUCGCCUGGGUACAAUUCGCGCUUGGUGCCAUCAAGCUGUACACCCCUGAUAAAGUCUUCGAUCCACACCUCAAAAGCCAGAUGGAGCGGGAUUUCCAUUCAACCUUGCGCGAAGAUCUAGCUCGAAAACUUUCUGUUCUCUCCAAUUUCGAAGAGCGUCAGACUGGGCAAAGCUCGAAUGUUAGAUGUGCUCUUGUUCAGGAGGAACUGUCAGAGCUGGGACGCGGGCCCGAUGACAUUCCGGUCUUGAUCCAUCGCCCGUCCAGCAAUGACCUUGUCAGGAUACAGAAAGAGUUGUUCAAUCCAGUCCUUGAUACAAUUGCGAAGGAAAAUGUAUCAUCGACACACUUCUCGGCUGUCUCAUCCUCAGAGGAAACAAAGGACCAAGAAAUCCAACUCCUUCAGGACAAUGUGUCACGGCUCAUUCAGCGAUUGUCCGGCCAAUUCACAGCCUACCAGGAUAUCACCGUCCCUCUUGCCAAUCUACUUCGGUGCCUUCAGCUCGGCUUGUCAUUGACUACCAACCGUCAACGGUGCAUUCAACCUAAAGACAAUGACUUGUCCGCCUUGCUUGCUGUCACACCAUUUUUCGGUGGUGGAAGUAUACUCUGCCAGGGCGAGAAAUCUCUUCCUUCUCGCCGAUUUGAGUUCCUCUCCUACGUCAGCACGCGCCGCGCCAUUGAGGGUGAUCUCUCGCUAUCACCUACCCUUCGUCAAUCAGUGCUUGGAUGUUUCCACUUCUUCUACGAAGAAUGGAGCAGGAAGCUAGAUGCAGACCGCAAGGCGGAAGAGAGCAAGAACAGCCUCUAUCACUUCCGUGGUAGCAUCGAGGAUGAAGAGGAGAUCGAUGCGAAGGAGUUCAAUGACCUUUUCCCGGUCUUUACGACAGAUGAUUCCGAUGGUACACCUGCAGCCCAAUCGGCACGGCACCAACUUGAGAGUGUUCGCGAUCUAUCGAUCAGACUUUCCAAGGUCCAUAAGCAUAUUGUCUCCGUUUCCCAGGAGAGUCAACACGCUCUGAAGAAAUUUCUGAUCCAGAUUGGGCAACAAGUAGGUCAGGAUGCUGAGAGUUUUACUCUUGAUGCUGGGAACCACUUGGACAAUGUGUUACUGCCCAUUGCGCUACUCAACUUGCAAGAGAAAAUUGGACAAUUCGAGGCGGACGAAGCAGCCAUCUCUAGCUUCUACGCCAGCUCAAACUUACCGGAAGUUCGAAAGUUGGUAGCCCUUGUCUAUGACAUCAGAUCACACUUCGGAAGACUGCAACAAGUGGAUGAAAUCGGCCAUCUUCAGCCUAUCGCUGAUGUUCUGGGAGCCUGCGAUGUGAUCUUGGAGCUUGGACACUCAAAAUCACUGGCCGAGAUCAUUCCACGGUUGGAGAGACUACACGGCUUCCUUUACGAGUGGCAGUUUGGCGGCUAUGCCAGCAGACAAUACAUCAAUCCCACGCUCUAUGAUCGAGCCACCAGUAUGAUCGUGGCGUGGCGCCGCCUAGAAUUGGCUACCUGGGACAAACUAUUUGAUAUGGAGGUGCAAAAGUGUGAGGAAGACGCGAACUCUUGGUGGUUCAUUGCGUAUCAAGCUGUCAUCGCUGGGCCCUUGGCUCUUUUGGAGGCUGGCCAAGACCUCAGGAAGCACACAAGCCUUCUACUCGAAGAGCUGCAGGCAUAUUUCGUGAACUCAAUGAUUGGCCAGUUCAAGGCUCGCCUUGACUUGCUGAGACAAAUGCAGAAGCAUUUGGACAUGGUUGUCUCUGACUACCCUGCUAUGAGUGUCGUUCGAAACGCCCUGCAUAACUUCAUCGCCUUUUACGAGCGGUUCGAUACCAAGGUUUCCGAAGCUAUCAACAAAGGCAGAGAGCCUCUCCAGAAGAAAAUGAAGGAAAUCCUGCUCCUCGCAAGCUGGAAGGAUACGAACAUAGCUGCGCUCCGGGAGAGUGCGGUCAAAUCCCACCAAAAGCUUUUCAGACUGGUUCGCAAGUUUCGCUCUGUCCUCGGCCAACCUGCGAGUCAAGUCAUAGCCCAAGGACUUCCGGAUUCAGGUCCUAGCGAAUCAUCACCAGACAACAGCAAUGCCAUCGCCGUUGACAUCGGCGAGAAAGCAGCGAUUGCUUGCCAGCGAAUGAUUCCCGAUUGGGGAGAUGAUUCACAGACUCGGCGCCUGAUGAAUGUUGGAAAGCUUGUUCGAACUAUGGCAAAGACUGGCCGGCUUCCCGAGUCGGCUCUCCAGGCGGUUUCUAUCGUGGAUACAUUUGUGCAGGACCUUCUUUCAUCAGCAGCUGAGCUAAGGAAAGAGACUCCUGGAAUCCUGACAGAGGAGAACAAGGAUAUCGUGAAGCACAUCAAGACCCGAAAGGUCAAGCUGUUCAGUGAUACACUCAAGGACGUGCGGCAGAUGGGCUUCAACCGCAACCUAGCGGAAAACACGCUCAUGGCCCAGAAGUCGCUUGCUGAGAUCUUUGCACGAUCAGAGGUAUUGGCGACUCCAGAGACAUCGCACGCACAGAACCUGGACUACCACUUUCAUAAGCUGCUGGACCUUGCUCCGCGCUUCCGAGAGGCUCGUUUCGAACACCACAGCGAUCUCAGCCAUGACACAGUUCAAAGGAGCACCGGAUACCUUGAAGGUAUCCUGCUCGUCGUCCGACAACAGCGUCAGAUCCUUUGCACGUCGUUUCAAUCCUUAGCUUCACUGCAGAACUCAGUCUCGUUCGUCAGGAAUCUUGCCACAUCGGAGACAAGUGGGUCAAUCCGGCUCAAACGUGAAGUCUCCAAUUCUUCUCAGGUCUUAUCAUGGCUCUACGAGACUGUACAGCUCGCAGCCGAGCUGAUCAGUAUUCAUGGUCGCCUUGGCAAGAUCGAUAACAAACCUGUCAUGGACUAUCUCAAUGCCACUGCUGGAAGACUCGAUGCAUUCCGCACUAGACAGAAGUCUCUGACAAUUCUACCCGAUGCAUUCACUAGCACGGGCAUCCUGCAGCUUGAGGACGAGAUCCAACAGGAAUUCCAGCUACUACAAGACAGCCUUGAGAUGUUUUGUAACGAGCGUCCAGACCUGAGCUUCAUCCUCCAACAAGUCAGCCGGUGGACCUUAAUUACGACCUCUGAUAUCGACCGCCCAUACCAAGUCUCGUUGAACAGCUUGAAUUCUGAAGUGGUCAAUGCCUCAAGAUUGGUACUAAGUGCGAUUCAACACUUCAGCAAGGAAGCAGCGGCAUUGCCAACGUCUACUGAGGAUGCCUCGUGGCUUGUUAGAUACACCGACUCCCUCUCGACAGCUAUCAAGUCACUUCAUAUCAACACCAUUCAGAAAGCCGUGAGCGAAUGCCUCACGUCUCUUGCGACCUUGAAGGAAACAACUGGGGAUGUUGGUCUGGUGGCCCAAGCUCUUCUCGGAGUCCUUCUCCCCGUCCUCCAGCAGUAUAUGGCACUGUGCCAGGAGUCUGUUUCUCAACUGGCCUCCUUGUAUCAGUCAAUGAGCAAGAUGGCAUACCACCUGAGCAAGUCAUUCACGGACAUUGCUCGUGAAGGCUUCUGUACGCCCCAGGAGAAAUCCGAUGAAAAAUCAGGAGAAGGCGGAAAUCUGGAAAGCGGUACUGGGCUUGGAGAUGGUGAAGGCGCUGAAGACAUCAGCAAGGACAUUCAGCCUGACGAGGAUCUCUCUGAACUCGCUCAGGAGCCCGGUAGAGAUUCAAAAGGGGAUAUCGAGGACGAAAAAGACGCCGUUGAUAUGGGCGACGAGGAAAUGGAGGGAGAGAUGGGCAGUGCGGGCGCUCCUGAGGAUGACGAGGAGAAGACUGGCUCAGGAGAUGAAGAUGAGCCGGAAGAGAUGGAUGAAGAGGCUGGUGAGGUUGAUGACUUGGACCCCACCGCCGUUGAUGAGAAGAUGUGGGAUGGAGAGGAUGAGGAAGAGGCAGACAAGGAUCAACAAGGAAACGCACCCAAAGGCCAAGAGAAGGAUGGUGAACCUGAAGCUGUGGACGACACCUCCAAGAGGGAUGAGAAGGUCCAGCAAGACGGCGAGAAUGAGCAGGGCGAGCCCGAGAUGGACGAAGAAGUUGGACCCGAGCAAGAGGAGGUCAUGCCUCAGGACGAACUGAACAGGCAAGACCAAAAUGUUCAAGAGCAAGAGACGCUCGCGUUGCCCGACGACAUGGAUAUUGAUGCUAAGGACGAUGGCGAAUCAUCAGGAGCAGAAGAUGAUUUGGAUGAUCUAUCGACAGAUGGUGGGAAAGAUGAGGAGGACUUGGAAGUGCACGAGUCGGAGGCCGAAGAUGGCGAGGGCCAGCAAGAUGAGGCUCAACAACUACAAGAAGUUGAGUCUGUGGCCGACACUGCUGAAGCCGACCAGGAACCCCCCGAGGAAGUGGAAAUGGAGGUUGACAAGCAAGAUGAGGAAGGUCACGGGCCCGAAGAGGAAGUCGAGGAGAAAGAAAAUCCGCUACUGGAAUCGGCUCCCGAGAAGGUCGAGGAGAACAACAAGGAUGCUGCGCCAAGUGAUGUGCGCACUGGUGGGGGACAGGACCAAGAAGAUGCGCAAGGCGUCGAGGACAACGAACCUCAGGAUAAUGCCGCACAACGGGAACAAGGAGAAAUGGGCGAGAAUGCUGUCGAGGAGGACGCCGCCACUGGUAAUAAAGGGCGCAGCUCAAAGAUGGACGGGGAGCCGCCGGAAGGAUCAGAACAGCAAGAAGAGGAUGCUACGGAGAGUCAACCGUUCCGGAAGCUAGGUGAUGUCCUCGAGCAAUGGUACAGAAACCAGCAAGACAUCAAGGCCGCUCAACCGGAGGAAGACCGUGGCCAGCCGGAUAAGAACGAGCAAGAGAUGGCUAUGCAAGAGUUUCAACAUCUACAGGAUGAGAAUGCCCCUGCAGACACUCAAGCUCUUGGAACUGCUACCGAGGAUGAGGUCAAACCGAUCGACGAUUCCAUGGCGAUCGACAAUGACAUGGAGCAGGCGAACAACAUGGUCCCCGUCGAAGACGAUGAAGAGGCCGAAGAGCCUGAGAAGGUUGACAACACCGACGGGAUGGACACAGCAGAGGCUGAGCAGCAGGAGAAAGAUGAAGGUCGCUCGGGCGUCGCGACAAGACAAGGUGCCUAUAAUAGAGAGGACUCGCUGUCGCCCUCCCCUGAAGAGAUGACUCCAAUCGACGACGCUGAGGAUCAAGAUGUCCAGGAGACAUCUACAGCCCUCUCCACGACGCACAUCACGGACACCGGGCGACAGUUGCGGGACUUCUCCGAAUCCUUGCAGCAGUGGACCGAGUUCCAGACCAAGACUCAUUCCCUCUCUCUUUCCCUUACCUCCCAGCUCAGACUGAUCCUGACACCGUCUCAAUCCACUAAGCUCUCUGGGUCAUACCGGACCGGCAAGCGACUCAACAUCAAGAAGAUCAUUCCGUACAUCGCCUCAAGCUACAAGCGCGACAAGAUCUGGAUGCGACGCAGCAUACCGACCAAGCGCGCCUAUCAGAUCCUGCUCUGCGUGGACGACAGCAAGAGCAUGGGAGAGUCCAGCUCCGGCAACCUCGCGCUCGAGUCCCUCGUCAUGGUCUCGCGCGCCCUGACCAUGCUCGAGGUCGGCCAGGUCGGCGUCAUGGGCUUUGGCGCCGACGUCUUCACCGCCCACGACCUCGUCGAGCCCUUUGCCACGCACGAGGCCGGCGCCCGCGUCCUGCAGAACUUCUCGUUCGACCAGGACGGCACCGACAUCUGCCUCCUCAUCCGCCAGACCAUCGACCGGUUCCGCCUCGCCCGCCAGCAGAGCGCGACGCGCGGGUCCGAGGACCUGUGGCAGCUGUCGCUGAUCCUUUCCGACGGGCUGACGCCCUCGUCGGCGCACGAGCGCAUCCGCCGCCUCCUGCGCGAGGCCAUGGAGGAGCGCGUCAUGAUCGUCUUCAUCGUCAUGGACGACGCGGGCAAGAAGAAGGGCGACAGCGUGCUGGAGCUCAAGGAGGCCAAGUUCUCCAAGGACGAGAUGGGCAACAGCCGAGUCGUCAUUGAGCGCUAUCUCGAUACCUUUCCCUUCCAGUACUACUUGAUCGUGCACCAUCUCGAGGAUCUCCCAGGGGCUUUGGCCGGCUUGCUGAGGACCUGGUUUGCGGAGGUCAAUUCUUAG